ACCCAAUGGCGCGGCGGCGGCGUCAGUAAUGUGAAGCAGUGCACUGGCUUGUCCGGCCCCCGGGCCUGCAGCCCAUUACACCAUCGGCCGCGGCAGCCGCUGCAGCCCGAACGGCCUGGGAGGGCGGGUGCAGACAGCUCCGCGGGGCGGGGCGGAGCGAGCAGCGCGGCCGGAUUCAUUCCUGUGGGGCGCGGGGCAUGGAGGAGCUGUGCGACCGCAGGCGGAGCGGGGCAGCCUGGGCGACGGGGACAACGGUUUCCAUUUGAAGGGGAGGUCGGAGCCGGAGCAGCGGACGGCGGGACGACCAGCCCCCGGGGCAGUUUGGUGCUCGGCUCCUCCGAUGUUGGAAUGCGAUCGGACUGAACACACUCUUCGGUGGUUUUCUAUCCGUUCUGGGGCGCGGUGACUAACAUUGAACUUUGGCUCCUGUAACUUGCCUACGUGGAGAGUUAAACUGGAGCUUUGCUUUGAAGGAUAAAUAAAGCUCAGCCUCCCGACUGGACAUAAAUGGAUCUAAAGACAGCCGUGUUCAACGCAGCGCGCGAUGGCAAACUCCGGCUCCUCACCAAGUUGCUGGCAAGCAAAUCCAAAGAGGAGGUUUCCUCCUUGAUCUCGGAAAAAACAAAUGGGGCCACACCACUCUUGAUGGCUGCUAGGUAUGGACACCUCGACAUGGUGGAGUUCCUUCUAGAGCAGUGCAGUGCUUCCAUCGAAGUCGGGGGCUCUGUCAAUUUCGACGGGGAAACCAUCGAGGGGGCUCCCCCUUUAUGGGCCGCGUCUGCAGCAGGACAUCUGAAGGUUGUCCAGUCUUUGUUAAAUCAUGGAGCGUCCGUCAACAACACGACUCUAACCAAUUCAACUCCUCUUCGAGCUGCGUGCUUCGAUGGCCACUUGGAAAUAGUGAAGUACCUUGUAGAACACAAAGCCGAUUUGGAAGUGUCCAACCGACAUGGGCAUACAUGCUUGAUGAUUUCCUGCUACAAAGGGCACAAAGAGAUCGCUCAGUAUUUACUUGAAAAGGGGGCAGAUGUUAAUAGAAAAAGUGUUAAAGGCAAUACAGCAUUGCAUGAUUGUGCAGAGUCUGGAAGCUUGGACAUCAUGAAGAUGCUGCUUAUGUAUUGUGCCAAGAUGGAAAAAGAUGGCUAUGGAAUGACUCCUCUUCUCUCAGCAAGUGUGACUGGUCACACCAAUAUUGUGGAUUUUCUUACACACCAUGCCCAGACCAGCAAGACAGAGCGUAUCAAUGCUCUAGAGCUUCUGGGAGCUACAUUUGUCGAUAAAAAGAGAGAUUUACUUGGGGCUUUGAAAUACUGGAAAAAGGCAAUGAACAUGAGGUACAGUGAUAGGACUAAUAUAAUCAGUAAACCAGUUCCACAGACACUAAUAAUGGCUUAUGAUUAUGCCAAGGAGGUAAACAGUGCAGAAGAGUUAGAAGGUCUCAUUGCUGAUCCUGAUGAGAUGAGAAUGCAAGCACUGUUAAUUAGAGAACGUAUUCUCGGUCCUUCCCAUCCUGAUACCUCCUACUACAUCAGAUACCGGGGCGCUGUCUAUGCCGACUCUGGAAAUUUUAAGCGAUGCAUCAACCUAUGGAAGUAUGCUUUGGAUAUGCAGCAGAGCAAUUUGGACCCUUUAAGCCCAAUGACUGCCAGCAGCUUACUGUCUUUUGCGGAACUAUUUUCCUUUAUGCUACAGGACAGGGCUAAAGGCUUGCUGGGUACCACAGUUACAUUUGAUGAUCUCAUGGGCAUAUUGUGCAAAAGCGUCCUUGAAAUUGAGCGAGCUAUCAAACAAACUCAGUGUCCAGCUGACCCAUUGCAGUUGAAUAAGGCUCUUUCCAUCAUUUUGCAUUUAAUUUGCUUACUAGAAAAAGUUCCUUGUACUCUAGAACAGGACCAUUUCAAAAAGCAGACUAUCUACAGGUUUCUUAAGCUGCAUCCAAGAGGAAAGAAUAACUUCAGCCCUCUGCAUCUGGCUGUGGACAAGAAUACGACAUGUGUAGGGCGGUACCCUGUUUGUAAGUUUCCAUCUCUGCAAGUUACUGCGAUACUGAUAGAAUGUGGUGCUGAUGUGAACGUCAGGGACUCUGAUGACAACAGUCCCCUGCAUAUCGCUGCUCUGAACAACCAUCCAGACAUCAUGAAUCUCCUUAUUAAAUCAGGUGCACAUUUUGAUGCCACAAACUUACACAAACAAACUGCUAGUGACUUACUGGACGAGAAGGAGAUAGCUAAAAAUCUGAUCCAGCCCAUAAAUCAUACCACCUUGCAGUGUCUCGCUGCUCGUGUCAUUGUGAAUCAUAGAAUAUAUUAUAAAGGGCAUAUCCCAGAAAAGCUAGAGACCUUUGUUUCACUUCAUAGAUGAUAAUUGGAACAGUACUUCAGCACUGCUAAAGCACGAGUUGGUAACAGUUGUUUCAUAAAUGAGCACUGUUGUGAUAACACCAGCAUCCAUUUAGCUUGAUAUCAUUGUGCUCUCAUUGGCUAACGCAUUGUAAGCAUCAAAUUUGCAGGAUUGGUUUCCCAGUAUUUAAUAUAAAUAUACCGUAUAAUAUAUUGUUUGUGAAUUAUUGAGAAAUGUGAUAUCAUAUUCAAAUUUCUAAAAUUGUCUGCCAAAGGCCAUUCUGGUUUUGUUUGCUGUUGGGUGGUAGAGACAGAGUUAACUGUUUUCAGUGAUGUCUUAAUACUUUACUAGUUUGUGAAUUUUAUGCAGUUGAAAGUCAUCCUCUUGGGCUCCCACUUCUUUUGUCUUUAAGUUUUGCCUGUUUCUACUUUUUUUCUCCUAACCAUUUCUGCUACAUGUUCCCUGAACCUUUGGAUCCUGCUAGGUCAUAAACCUUAUGGACUUGUUCACCAUUUGCAGACCAUAAGUGCUUUAUCUUCUCUAUGCACCGGCUUAAACUGGACUGUUGUGUGUUGGCAUAUUCUCUAUGCAGCAGUUGGUCAACUUCAACUCAAAACACUGUUUUCUUAAGUUACAAAGUUUAUUUCACAAAAAUACUCUUAGAGCAUGUCAGUUUUUAGAAUUGCCGGUAAGCUGUUUGAGCUCAAACUUUUUUUUUAAAUUUUAUGUUUUGUUUGGUUUUGCUUUGUUUCUUCACAUCUGAGGUUUCUUUCUUCAAUCUACAGAAAGUUUUUGUAUUCUAAAUUUGGGAAACAAAUCUAUUACAACUCAUUAACCCAGUUGAAAUUUAGGUCUGUCAUCUUAGUAUAUCAUGCAGUAAAGGAAGACCUUUAUAAAGUGACCUGCCUUUCCUACUGCUCCAGCGUUGUCCUGCUUGUGCUGAUGGUGUGACUAGGUAUAGAGAAUCUGCUUCAAUUUAACCUCAGAGUUUAUCACACAGCUUAAUGAGUCACAUUGAGCUACUCAGUCGUUGAACUGCAGACUACCUUUAGUUACAAAGAGGCUAAAGCAUGUCAGUGGCAUGAUGCUUGCCAAGCCAGACCUAGGCGUUUCAGGUAAUUACGGUAUUUUAGUAUGCAAUUUACUGCCAUAGUAUCAAAGGUCAAUAACAGUGUUCUUUCUUUAUUCAAGUUUAUGUAUAUCUUUUAAAGAUAACGUGCAUGAAUUACUUUGAUCUCAAUUAUUUGUCACCCUAUUAAACACAAAAGAUUGCACAGUGAUUUCUGUACCCUUAAUAAAAGCGCCUCCUCCCCAUCUUUCCUUCCCUGCCACUUUCCCUACCCUCAAUUCUUUCUCCCCUCUCCCUCUUAUUAUUAUUAUUUUUUCCUAUCAUAGAUUUGUUAAUGCCACAGAAAGGGCUCUUUUGACUUAAGGAAAGAUAAGUGAAAAUUAAAACAUUCAGGUAAUCACUCAGCACUUUACCGUACUCAGUAGAAUUCACAAUGGUACAUUGCCCUGCAGCUGUAGUAAAAAAAAUUGUUCUGAAUUAAAUGUUCCUUAUUGAUUCUAGAGAAAAAAAAUCAGUUUGCCUGUGAACUUCAUGAUCUGGAUCACUUGGAUUUAGAGGAUGACAUUUUAUCCUGAGGGUUGUUGUAAUGUUAUUUAAAGAAUUGUCAUUGCGAUCACAUUCAUCUUUAUUUAGUAAAAAUUUGUAAUGAAGAGUAGUAAAUAAAGAACAUUCGACGUUUUCAUUAAGCAAUUGAGGUUUAAUUCUUUAAAAAGUAUCUCAAUUCAUUUUACUACAUUUUUAUUUAAAUUUUACCAUUGGAAAGAUGAAUUACUUAAUCCUUUGAUGAAGAGGUUUUUACUGUGUUUUAUUUAUUGUGGGGCAAGUCUUGAUAAAAUAUUUGAGCUGCUAUAUAGGAAUAAUAUGUCAUUUAGACAGAUAUUAGAAAUAUCAAACUAUUUUGAAAUCUUCUGCCUCUAACUUUGGUAUGCUUGAACUCUUCUUUUUCUUUUUAAAAGAAAGGAAAGCUUGGCCAUUUUGGUGAGUCAUCAUUGGUUGAUCUUACUUUUGGGGUAGAAGAUGACAAUUUGACCGUAAGGGAUUUAAUACCUGCCUUCCCCUUUGCCCAGAAGAGUCUGGCUUACAUGUUCUUAAAGCAAGGCUCAUCUGAGGGUCAUUGUAGUACCUGGUAGACUUGCACUCAUAACCCCGUAUGAAAUCAGGGUAUCUCAGAGUGGCUCCCUUAAGGAAGAACACAUACCUUGGAACUGGUCUUCAACCCUGAAAGCUGCAGUCAGGGGGUGGCUUUUCCCUUUCUGUUUGUCCACUCCAGAAAUGCCAUUGUGAGCUCUUGAAAAAGCAACACAAAAUUAGCCAGGAUUUUAUUUUAUUUAAGUUGGUUCAGGAGUGCAACCUCAGAUAACUGUUAGGGCCUUCAUCAGAAAAUUAUGAGGCCGAAUAAAAUACACAGUUCUUAAGUUUGAGGGUUUGGCUUUGUCCAUGGUGAAGAAAUGAUCUAAUUGUAUUCAUUUGAAUCAAACUAAACUGGGCACUGUAAUGUGGUAGUAUUGGCUGGUAUUAAUGUGUAAAUCUCAACAAUGUUUCUCCAGAAAUGCCUCUGAAUUUCAGAUGUUCUAUAAUUUUGAUCAUUUUAAUAAGAAAAAUGGUUAUUUUAUCCCGAUACAGUCUCCUUUCCAAAGGCAAAUAAAUUACAGGUUUAAUAAUGUCAUUUUUCUUAUCCCGAGGUCUGACAAGCAUAAGCCCCAGUCAGCAAGAUAACUUGGUGCCCUUUAUGAUUUUGAAGUUAAGUGAUUGCUCAUUUGCAAAGAAAUAAUUAGUAAUCUUUUAAAAAGAUUUACUAUAAGUUGAGAAAUUGUUUAUAUUUGGAAUUUUUUUUUUCCAGUUGCCCAGCAGAACCCCUCAGCUAAAUGCACAGGUGCGUUAAUCCCUGUAAGGAGUUCCCAGCAGGAAGUGGGUGAGGAAUAGUCUUCCUACACCCUAUACAGUGGCACCGUUACUUGGAACUUGAACCACUUUGAAGUUAGAUACUAAGGAAACUUGAAUUGUUUGUUUUUCUUUUCCUUUCCCUCUUGUGUGUCACUAAACAACUAGUUCCCAUUGUGUAUCUUUUAAAAGAAGUACUGUAUCAGAUGCCAGCCAAUAAAUUGUCACACAAUGGAAAAACGAUAUGCCACGGCAUUUUAAGGUUUAAUAAAAUUAAA